UGCACCGGUGUUCGCAAUUUGUUCGCCCUAUGUAACAUGCCAAUUGAGUGAAGUUGCAUUCUGCACAUUAGCCCUUUUUCAGCCAGGAGGAAUCUACAAGCACAGAUAUCAGACAACAGUAUGAAUUAAUGAAAUCCAAAACGGUUACUUGUACAGUCUGUCAUACCGGAGAUUUGAGUCAGAGGAGCAGUAUUGGUACUGUAGCCUUUCUCUGCAUACACCUGCCGCGUGUCGCUGCAACUCUUCCCCGCUGACACGGGCCGCGAAGUCCACGACAGGGCAGCGAGCGUGGAGAGGACGAACAGCGGGACAUUGAGAAAAGAGAGUCGGAAAUCCAUUUUCGAAGCGGAACAGAACGAGUGAAGUGCGUGUUCUGGAUAAAUGAACGGUCAACGUGACCAAAGAAGAAAAAAAACAGCCCCCGGGCGAUUCAGUGCAUAGGCCUACAAUAAAAAAAAUAAACUAAAUAAUCUCAAAGAGCGAUUAGGCUAUCUAUCCCAUGUGGCCCAAAACCGAGACGCUUAUCUUUCUAUUUGUCUGGAUUUUAGGCUACAUGAGCAGAUCGGCAGUAUGCCUUUACUGAUGGAGUUACAAUGCGUAUAGAUGUGGGUAGAGUAUGAAUGGGGCAUUCCCGUCCCCCAGUCUCUCUCAUCUCUCUCAGGCUGCCAGCCUAUCAAUCGCCGAACAAUGGACCGUGCAGUAGGCUGGACCAGCCCGCCGAGCAGGAACAUGGAGUCAAUUCGGGAAUCAGAUGGUGACAGUUUGGGCGAGAUGGAAAGCAGCACUAGCGAUCCUGACAGUGAGUUUGAGGCCCAGUUUGAAUCUGGGCGGCAGAGAAAGCGGCCUGUUCCUGUCCCUGUGUCCGUGCCCAAACAGCCCCUCAAGAAAUUGAGGCGCAGAGCCUCGGUGACACCCAUAUCAAGCACCAGUCCCUCCCAAGGGACACCAGAACAGGCCUCUCUUCCCGGGCCUGUGAGGAUUUGGAAGAAGGCCCCGGCAAUCCGUGCGGAGGACAUCUAUGCAGCCAUCCGCUCCAGAAAGAGUGCCACAGUGACUAUUGUGGAUGAGUGGAUUGACAGCUACAAGCAGGACCGGGAGGCGGGGCUUCUCGUGUUCGUCAACUUCAUCACUCAGUGCUGCGGCUGCAAAGGGGUGGUGACCAGAGAGAUGUUUGACAAGAUGCAGCAUGCUGAAAUCAUCAACGUGCUGACCAAGGAUUUUAGUGAGGAGUCGGUCCACUACCCUCUGAGCUCCCUGGGGCCCCAGUGGAAGCGCUUCCGGACUGGACUGUGUGAGCUGAUGCAGGUGCUGGUGUUCUCCUGCCAGAACAGCCUCCUGUACGACGACUACCUCUUCAGCUCCCUGCUGGACCUGCUCACCGGCCUCUCGGACUCCCAGGUCCGCGCCUUCAGGCACACAAGCACCCUUCUGGCCAUGAAGAUGAUCAGCGCGGUGGUGCAGGUGGGGGUGUCGGUCGCCACUCAGCUGCAGACCGCACAGCGGCGCUACGAUGCGGAGAGCAGCAAGUCGCCCCAGGACCAGGCCACCCAGAGGCUGGAGGAGCUCCAGGCAGCCAUCAAGGAGCUGCUGGAACACAGAGAGGACGUGAGGUCGCUGAUCAACGCGGCGAUGCGGGGGGUGUUUGUGCAUCGCUACCGCGACUGCGUGCCGGACAUCCGGGCCGUGUGCAUCCAGGAGCUGGGCCUGUGGCUGAGGACCGACCCAGAGAGCUUCCUCAAGGACGGCUACCUCAAGUACCUGGGCUGGACCCUGUUCGAUAAGCAAAGUGUGGUGCGUCUGCAGUGUGUGCGUGCCCUGCAGGCCCUGUAUCAGGAGAGAGACUUCCUGGGACGCCUUGAGUUCUUCACAAACAGAUUCAAAGAAAGGAUGCUGACCAUGGUGUUUGACAAGGAGCCAGACGUAGCCGCGGAAGCGGUUAACUUGCUGUUGUUGAUCCAGCAGUUUUCAGAAGAAGGCUUGCAGGAGGAGGAAUGUGCGCAUGUGUACACUCUGGUGUUUGCUGCACACCGAGGCCUAGCUGCCGCUGCUGGAUGUUUCCUUUACCACAAGCUGAAGACUCUGGUGGUCCGUGAAGAGCAGGCCAAAGCGAUGAGUCCUAGGGAAGCCUUCUUCAACGUUCUCAUCACCUUCUUCCUGCAGAGCGAGUGCCAUGACCACGGCGCCUACCUGGUGGACAGUCUGUGGACCGUGGCCGGCUUGGAGCUCCGGGACUGGGAGACGAUGACGUCUCUUCUGCUUCAGGAUUGUGAGCAUGGACAGGGCCUGUCGAACCAGGAGGAAGGCGCCCUUCUGGAGCUCCUGCUGUGUACCGUCAGAAGGGCAGCCCAGGCCGUCCCCCCUGUGGGGAGGGUGCAGGGCAAGAGGAUGCUGAGUAUGAAAGACAAGAAGAUCCAGAUUCAGGACAAGAGACGACUCUCCUCUCACUUCAUGCCUCUGAUGCCUCAGCUGCUGGCCAAGUACUCUGCGGAUGUGGACCACGUGAGCCUCCUUCUGCAGAUUCCCCUCUACUUUGACCUGGAGACGUACAGCAGUGCAAAGAAGCUGGAGAAGUACCUGGACCUCCUGCUGAUCCAGCUGUGCUCCGUCGUGGAGAAGCACACCGACAGCAGCGUGCUGGAGGCGUGUGCGUGUCUGGCCAGCGCCCUCUGCUCGGACGCAUACACCUUCUCCGCCCGCGCCGACCGGGCUUUCAGCCAGCUGCUGGACCUGUUGGCCGAGUGCUUCAACAGCUACUUUGAUGAGGUUCUGCAGGGGACAGCUGAUGAAGAAGACGUGUACAGCGCAUCCAUGGCAUUGAAGAGGAUCGCAGCCUUCAGCAGUGCCCGGGACUUAAAGAGCUGUGAGCUGUUUGAACCCUGCAUGCAGCUGCUGAAGAGUGGGGUAGAAUCCCCGAUCUUUGAGAAGGAGCUCAUGGUUCCUGCUCUGAAGUACGUUUCGUUCCAGCUGAUGUGGGACAAAGUCAGGGUGUUGAGCUCCACACCCACUGAGGCGGAGGUGCUGCGCCUGAAGCAGGCAGUGCGGUCCUUCUGCAGCGUGAGUCAGAGAUGUCUGUCGUCGGGCCAGGCUGAGAUCAGAGACCAGGCCUUCGAUCUGCUGUGUGACCUGCUGCUGGUGUACAGCGCCCGCUCUGUGCGCUCCCAGCCCGCCCUCCAAGCGCUGGCCCUGCCGCCCGCCGCCCCCCUGCGCUCCGAGAUGGCUGCCUACCUCAUCGACUUCAUCUUCACGGACGAUCCUCAGGACGUCCCCCCUGACGCGGAUGAGGAGCAAGAGAAGAAGAUGAUGGCCGCCCUCCAAAACAAGCGCAACCUGCUGGCGGGAUACUGCAAACUGGUGAUCUAUGGCGUGCUGGACCUCAGCGCCGCCACGGAUGUCUUCAAAAACUACUUCAAGUUUUACAGGGACUUUGGAGACAUCAUUAAAGAGACUCUGAGAAGGAGCCGUCAGAUCAGCACCGUGCAGAGUGCAAAGACCGUCUGCCUGUGUCUGCAACAGUUGUUCUCGGAGGUGGUGUCCACAGGCAGCAGUAAGGAGGAGCUGGGGAGGAUCAGAGACCUGGCCAAGAAGCUAUCUCUGAGCUUUGGCAUUGACCUGCUCAGGAUCCGCAAGGCUUUGGUCUGCCUGCACACGGAUGGCAUCCGCUUUGCCCUCCGGGGCCAUGAGGAGGUGCCGGGACAGCCACCCAACCUAAACUUCCUGGAGGUCCUCAGCGAGUUCAGCUUCAAACUCAUCCAUGAGGACCGCACCCAGCUGGUGGCCUUCCUGAAGGCACAGUGCCCCCGUGCUGCCCCCUGCUGGCCACUGGUCAGGAUGUACCAGCGCUCCUUAGAGGGGCGCGCCUCGGCCAGGCCUAGAGAGGAGGAGGAGGAGUCGCAGGUGGAAGGGGAGGUGGAGGGGGAGGAGUUGACGGCGUACAGGAGAGACAGCCUGAGAUCCCACUCCACCAGCUCCGUGGCUAAACGCAGGAGAACCAGCCAGCAGGGCACACGCACGCACGCAAGCACGCCACCCACACUAGAAACACACACUCUCCACCCCUCUCUGCUAGACCUGCUGUCCAGCCCCCAGCGAGGGGCGGGUCUGGACAGCAGCAGUAUCCAUAGCAACCUGCCCACGCCGCCCUUCAGCUCCACAGUGGUGGCGGGGAUCGAAGGGACGCGACCCACCUCCGAGGAGGAGGAGGAGGAGGAGGAGGAGGGCGUCCGCUCCACACCGCUGUCUGAGGAAGAGUUCUCCAGCAGGCCUUGGAUGCGUAAAGUGAGGAGUAAAGUGCGUCGCCCGUCCUCCUUCAGCCAUCCGAGCCCCGGCCCCCGGCAGUCUCCACCGGACCUGGAAGCGCACCUCACCCUGCUGUCUCUGAUAGAGGAGGACCAAUCGGAGGAGGAGCCUCAAAUUGAGGAAUUCGAUAGCUCGGACCCAGACUCCAGCUAUACACUGCCUUCAAACCGCCAAACCUCAUCCAAUGUCCUGGAUGAUCUGUUUGACUGAGUUCAACCAAUAACUCCUGCUGUCAGUUUAUAAGUUCCUAUACGUUUAAAGGGAUUGACAUACAUUGGGAGCACAUGAAACCAAUUUAAACAAUCGGUUCUUUACAUAAAAUGGACAUGAUGGACAUGUCAAAAGUCCAUCUGCAUCAUUUGUCAAGAGAAAUGGGGUUUGUUAAGAGAAGGCAGUUGGUAGAUAUUUUUGUUGUUUCCAAAAAUGCGAUUGGCUUAUUGUUAAAGUAAAAACAAAUAUUUGUUAAUUCAUGCCCUUGACAGGGCUUUUCCCCUGUGUUAUGUAUUGUUACAAGUUUUGGGGGUGAAAUGUUCUGUUUGGUUUGUGAUUUAAUUUGCACUAUGUUGAGUUUAACUAAACUAUCCAUCUUCUCAGUGGCAGGCAUUUUAUGUUUCUUGUUCAACUUCAUUUGCUGUCUUUUGAAGUCAUAUUCAAAUUGAUUAAAUAUUACUCAACCGUUCUGCCCUCUUAUUAAUGUAAG